CGAGCAGCUGAAAUGAGCCAUCUGUUCUUAAUUCCGCUGAAUAAUUCGUUUGAGCUGAAAAUAAUAGCUUUAGCUGAUAAUGAGAAGGUUAAAAUAGGUAGACAAACUAACCAGAGGACGCUGCCUAAGCAGUCGAACGGAUACUUCGAUAGCAAAGUACUGAGUAGGCAACACGCCGAGAUCUGGUCAGCGAAUAAUAAGAUAUACAUAAAAGAUGUUAAGUCUUCAAAUGGUACUUUUUUAAACAACGAGAGACUCUCUCCAGAGGGUGUUGAAUCAUCCUCAGUCGAGCUCGAGAAUAACAACUUGUUGGAAUUUGGUAUUGAUAUAAUCGGCGAUGAUAAUAAAUCUAUUAUACACAGAAAAGUUAGUAGUAAAUGUAUGAUAUCCCACAACCAACAGGAAUUCCUCAACUUGAAACAAGAAUUGAAUAAAUUUGAUAGUAAUAAAUCAUACAAUCUUAAUAAGUGCUUCGAUAAUCUUGAGAAGGAGAUUAAGGAAUCGAGAGAGUUAGGCGCUGGUUUAUCCGGUAUAUCGAACCACUUUAGUCAAAUAAAAGACACUCUCAAUGGUCAAUUGCCCGUCGAAAUCCCUCAGAUAGAUACUAAUAACGUCGAUGUCUCUAAUAUUCAACAACACCUCUCCAAAUUUAAUCAAAGAUUACAGCAACAACAGGAAUUCUAUCAACAGUUGCUAGCUGAUCACUCAAGUUUGAAGUCUAAAUUACAAGAAAAAGAUGAUCAACAGCCACCACAGAGGGACAUUCAUGAAGGUGAAGACAACUCAGAUGCUUCCUCUAUCAUGACUACAAAACCAGAUGAUAAACCAGAUUACGAAGAAUUAAUACAACAAAACCAAUCGUUAGCUUCGAGAAUUACAACACUUUCAGAUGAAUUAUCUGUAUUACAACAACAAUCUACUCUCUUUAAUGACAAAAUCGCUCAAGUUGAGGGAAAUCAAAAGAAUUGGCAGACUGUAUACGACAAUGCCUUGAAAUCUAAUAAACAAUCACAAAAAGAAGACUUAGAGAGUGCCAUAAAUAUCUUCAGAAGGGAACAAGAACAACAGAGCAAGAGGAUAGAUUCACUUCAGAAGAAAACCGAAAAGUCUCUAAAAGAUGACAAGUCACUCAAAUUUGCGGGAAUAAUCAGCAUUUUCAUUUUAGGUCUCGCUGCGAUUACAGUCUUUAGAGGUAAUCAAAAUUAAGACACCAUAGUAUACCAAAAAAAUGUAUAUAUUAGAUUAGGGUAUAUAUUU